UAUCAAUGUGAUUAAAGUAAUUACACACACACACACACACAGACACACACACACACACACACACAUUUUCUUAAACAUAUAUCUGCAUAUCAAUAUAUAAAUGAAUAUAUUCAUAUAUCUGAUAUUAUUUUUUUAUAUAUAAUAGACGAACAAAGGCAUCUACAUUAAAGAGAUUAAAACAAAUUUAAAUUUUAAAAUUCAUUCAGUUUGUUCCAUUUUAAAUUAGCACCUGUUUCAGUGUUUCAAUAUUUCAAAAGGUUUUCAGGCUGAAGCUAAUACUUUUGUUAACAGAACGUUCUCUACUUAAAUUGAUAGGGAGAGAACUCGACAUGGAGGAAGACCAAGAAAGUUUUAUUUUACGGUCCAUCGAAACAGCUGCUGUCGCUACCACGAGCGCUUCUGCGUCCCCUACAAAUACCAUCGCAGUUGCAACUACCACUACUACUGAAACGGCUGCCACUUCUGUUGAAACAAUCGCAGUUUCCGCCAGUAGUUCUGUGAAGCCACCAACAAGCUUCCCAAUUGAUGUCACUACCAUAGCUGCCACGGCCCCGACGUCUACCGCAACUACUGAAUUCAUUAAGAACAUGAAGAGAAGCAGUGGAAAUGCGGAGGGCGAUCGUAAGGAGACGAGCACAUACUACAAAGAACUCUCCCCAGACGACCAGAUCUCAACCAACCCUCAGAGGUUUACGAAAUUUCAAUCUCAGCAAUUACUACCCAGAGAUCAAUCUGAAUUAGGCGAGACAUCACAAGGUAGAGGUCACCUUGAUUUGAGUGAAUCUUCCCUACUUAGUGGUCCAUUACAUUUAGGCAGGAAUGCGCUGUGUAAAAUACAGUUAGAUCCGGGCAGAAGGAUCUAUCCGAGAAGCCAUCAUGAUUUGAGUGGCAGGACGCAGCAGAGGAACCAGCCCGACAUGGGUGAGUCGUCACAGCGAAUGAGUCAAUACAGUGAAAGAUCGUUUGGUGCGUCACGGGAUGUAUCUGGGACAGCUAGCACGUCUGGAUAUGGAAUGAGACCUGGCACGUCCGGCCACAGAAUGGGAACUAGAUCUCAAAAUGAUGUGCCCGGAAGUUCUUCCUCGGCUAUACUAAGUGACAACGAAUGCAGCCGGAUGCUGGUAGAUGAGGAUGCCCUAGCGGCAUCAGAAGAGAUCAAUCGAUAUUACAACAUUCCUCAACUGCCAAAUGAGCCAGAAUCUGAAACGAUGUUCAGACGUGAGAGGACUGAAUGUUGUCGCUGCUCGUGCUCCUGUAGACGCUGCGUCAGACUGCUGAAUAAGAAAGAUAUCGCUAUUAUUGUCCUCUCUGUCAUUCUGACGAUUUUCAUCGUCAUCCUACUUACGGUUGUAUUUCGG